CCUGGAAGAGUUGUGACUCUCGUUGAAGAUCCUGAGGGGUCUGUAUGGGGUGUUGCUUACAGAUUGCCAGCUGGACAAGAAUGUGAAGUAAAGGCAUACCUGGACUUCAGAGAAAAAGGAGGCUACAGGACUACAGCUGUCAUUUUCUAUCCAAAAGACUCAUCAGUAAAGCCAUUUGAUGUACUCUUAUACAUUGGAACUUGUGAUAACCCCAACUACCUUGGUCCAGCACCUCUGGAAGAAAUUGCUGAACAGAUUUUUAGUGCAGUUGGUCCUAGUGGAAGAAACACAGAAUACCUGUUUGAACUCGCCAGUUCUAUCAGGAAUCUGGUACCAGAAGAUGCAGAUGAGCAUCUCUUCUCCUUAGAGACUAGUAAAGGAACUCUUGCAAAAGCAUCAAAACCUAAACUGUCUAUAAAAUAA